AUGGAAGAGAUUCCAGUUAAAGUUGCCGUAAGAAUAAGACCUCUGCUUUCCAAAGAGAUUCUUCAUAACCAUCAAGUAUGCGUGAGACUGGUCCCAAACACACAGCAAGUUAUCAUUGGGAAAGACCGUGUCUUCACUUUUGAUUUUGUAUUUGGCAAAAAUUCAACCCAAGAUGAAAUUUAUACAACUUGCAUUAAGCCUUUAGUGGUGUCUUUGAUUGAAGGAUAUAAUGCUACUGUUUUUGCUUAUGGACAGACAGGGUCUGGGAAGACGUACACCAUUGGUGGAGGUCACAUUGCAUCGAUUGCAGAGGAUGAAAAAGGUAUCAUUCCACAUGCUAUACAGGAACUAUUUCAGAGCAUCUCUGAAAACCAUAAUAUUGACUUCAGUGUGAAAGUAUCUUAUAUAGAGGUCUACAAGGAAGAACUCAGAGAUCUGCUGGAGUUGGAGACCUCUAUGAAAGAUUUACACAUCAGAGAAGAUGAAAAGGGAAACACAGUGAUUGUUGGUGCCAAGGAUUGCCAAGUGGAAAGUGUGGAUGAAGUGAUGAGCCUUUUAGAAAGUGGGAAUGCAGCUCGCCACACAGGUACGACACAAAUGAAUGAGCACUCCAGUCGAUCUCAUGCUAUUUUUACCAUCAGUAUUUGUCAGCAACAACCUGCACAGUCUCCGAAAAAUGUAGAUGCUGCACAAGAUUCAUCUCUGAGAUCAGGCCAGAUCAUUGCUUCUAAGUUCCACUUUGUGGAUUUGGCAGGAUCAGAAAGGGUGACGAAAACAGGGAACACUGGUGAACGGUUCAAGGAAUCAAUUCAGAUCAACAGUGGCUUAUUGGCUUUGGGAAAUGUGAUAAGUGCUCUUGGAGACCCAAAGAGAAAAAGUGUACAUAUCCCAUAUAGGGAUGCUAAAAUUACUCGUAUUCUGAAAGACUCCUUAGGAGGAAAUGCCAAGACUGUCAUGAUAACAUGUAUAAAUCCAUCCUCAUCUGACUUUGAUGAGUCUUUAAAUUCCCUCAAAUAUGCCAACAGAGCCAAGAAUAUUAGAAAUAAACCAGUUGUAAACUAUAACCCUGAGCGGGACCGGAUUGAUGAAAUGGAACUUGAGAUCAAGUUGCUCCGGGAAGCUUUGCAGAAUCAGCAGGUUAGUGUAAUGAGCCAUGCUAGCCAGGGAUCACAGGAUAUGAGUGAAGAUAGGACUCGAAUUCGUUCUCUUGAGGAGCAGCUUUCCCAGCUUCAGGUGGAGUGUUUCAACUACAGAUAUUGCAUAGAGGAAGCGUUUCCCUUCCAAGUUGAACUAAAUGACAUUGCCAGCCUAACAAGGAGUCAACAAGAGAAACUGCAGGAUUGGAUCAACAUGGCACAGGAGCUAAGGAAGGCAGCUCUUGUCAUGCCACGAACUGAUAGUGGAAUUGGAAACGACCAAGAGGAGCCACAUCAUAUCACAAUUCUUCAACUGAAGAGGGAACUAAAAAAAUGCCAGCAGGCGUUAGCUACAGACGAAGAAGUAUUCGGUCAAAAGGAGCUUGAGCUGAAGGUAUUACAGGAUCAAAUACUAACACUAAUACAGGAAAACCAAGAACAUCUAGAAUCUUUUAAAGAGGUACAAGAAACAAAUAAAUUACAGAAUGAGAAAAUGGUGGAGCAGCAACUCCUUAUUGAUCAGCUGAAAGAUAAGUUAGAGAAGCUUACCGUGACUACAGCCUCAGUAUCCAGAGGUGCUUGUGGAGAUGGGCCAGCUGCUGUGACAUCUGCAAGAAGACCAUAUAGUGUGCCACUCACUAAUAGUUUAGUACAUUCCAUUCAUAUGGCUCCAGGACUGGAGUCCCGAAAGGUACACACCAGUCCUCCUACUUACUCAUUGGCCCGAGUAAUAGCUGGAUUUCAGACUCGCAGGCAAAUGAUAUUGGGUCAUAUAGAAGACCAAGAUGAAGUCCUUCACUGCCAUUUCUCUGAUCAUAGUGAUGAAGAAGAAAGGAACACAGACCGCAAAAAGAAAUCAGCAUUUAGGCGCUCCAUAAACCGCACAUGGACACGAAAACAGGCUCUUCUUUGUUCUCCUCUUCAACUGGAUGAUCUACAAUUCCAAAUGCACAAGUCCAAUUUACCAAAUGAAACCAUACUGCAGACUGACACUGUCACAGGUGAAGAGAUUGAAUGCCUCCGUAAGAGUCAUGUAAUAAACAGGCAGAAAUUAAAGAAUUCAGAGCUGAGACUCGCCGAGGCCAAGAAAAAGAUGAGAGAACUUGCACUUAAUAUCAAAAUGAAGGAGGAACUCAUUAAAGAAAUAGUAAAAACAGGCAAUGAUUCUCAGUCUGUAAGCAGGCAGUAUUCUUUGAAAAUAACUAAACUGGAACAUGAAGGUGAGCAAGCCAAGAUGGAAUUAGCUGAAACACAAAAGCAACUUCAGGAGCUGGAGAACAAGGAGCUGAGAGACGUCGCUGAGAAAGCCAAGUUACAAAAAGAGUUUCGGAAGAAAAUGGAUGCAGCUAAAUUAAAAGUGCAGGUCUUACAGAAGAAGCAACAGGACACUAAGAAGUUGGCAUCAUUAUCCACCCAAAAUGAGAAACGGGCUACAGAACUUGAGCAGACUGUGAAUCAUAUGAGGCAUCAGCAGGCCCAGCUACAGAAAAGACUGCGAGAGGAGAGUGAAAAAAAGAAAAUUCUUGAGGCAGAGAUUGCACGGGACCAACAGCAAAUCAAAGAACUUCAGUUAAAGACAGAGCAACAGCAGAAAAUUCUCAAACUUAAAAAUGAAGAGAUUGCUGCUUUUAAAAAGAAGAAAAACUCAGCAGGAACUUCACAGCAGUUACAGAAACAGGAAGAGCAAAGGAAAUGGUUAGAUGAAGAACUAGAGAAGAUUCUGCAUCAACAUCAAGAAUUAGCAGAACUGGAAGAAGACUUAAAGAAAAGAGAAGCUAUCAUAAACAAGAAAGAAGCAUUGUUACAAGAGAAGAGCCAUUUGGAAAUCAAGAAACUAAGAUCUAGCCAGGCUUUAAACAAAGAUAGCUUGAAAUUAUUUACCCGCCUGAGUAUGCUGGACAAGGAAUUGUGUGAUAAAAGUGUGCAGCUCCAGACCAGUGCCAGUGAAGAGAAGAGACAGAUUUUGGAAGAAGUUCAGGUUCUUCAGAAAGAAAGGGACCAGCUGCUCAGAAGAAGAAAUAGUGUGGAUGAGAAACUUAAAGAUGGUAGAGUGUUGUCCCCUGAAGAAGAACAUGUCCUUUUCCAACUGGAAGAAGGGAUUGAAGCAUUGGAGGCCGCCAUUGACUACAAGAAUGAAAAUAUUCAGAAUCGCCAGCUCUCACUUAGAGGCUCAUCUCAAAUCCUUACACAGAGUGAGGCCAAUGUAAUGGGAAAACUAGUUUCCCUGUCUGCUACUGAGCUUAGAGCUAUUCUCUUCAAAUACUUCAACAAGGUUGUUAGCCUACGUGAGGCAGAACGUAAAUUACAGCUGCAGACUGAAGAGCUGGAAAUGAGAGUCACAGAACAGGAAAACGUAAUACGUGAACUGGAAUCGGCACUCGAACACCUCACGCUGCAGUGUGACAGGCGACUGACCCUCCAGCAGAAAGAACAUGAACAAAAGAUACAGUUAAUAUUGCAUCAUUUCAAAGAACAAGAUGGUGAAAGUAUUGCAGAAACCCUUAAACUGUAUGAAGCUAAAGUCCAACAAUUGGAAAAAGACUUGUUCUUCUAUAAGAAAACCAGCAGAGAACUAAAGAAGAAACUGAAGGAGCUGGUGGGAGAGUCAUUUUAUCAGCUGGUGGCACCAACUAAAAAUAAUGAUGCUGCUAACAGGAUACUGAGCCAAGAAGCAGAAGUUUCUUCAGAAGAAUUCAAAUUGACGUCCAAACCUGAAAGUAACAAACAAUCAGGAAAAUUAAGACAAACAGACAGCCCAGCAAGUGGUUUAAGGUGGUGGCAGAAUUCAUACAAGCUUGAAGAAGAUGUUUCAGAGCUAGCACACAAUAGAGGGUGUUUAUCAAGUAGUACUGAAGACCAAGCAGGACCAGAUGAAGUACGCUCUUCAAAAUCUCAUCCUCAACUAUUCUCUCAUUCUCAGACAAAAGAGAUCAUAACACAGCUUCAAGGAGUGACUCCAGUAAAACUGUCUCGCCGAGAAUUACGGCAUAUUCCUGCAUCCGAACUAUCACUGAGGCGCUCCAGCCUUGGAGUCAGUGUCAAUUCUGUUGCUGCAGAUUCCAUUGAAAUGUCCAGAAAAUCUAAUGACUUCAAGAUAUAG